AUUUGAACCAAUUGGAUUGCGAGAAGGUGCGAGGCUGUUUGUGAUUGGGCCGCUGUGCGGAGGGGCGGGACGGCGCCCGGCGGGCGGGCGGACGAUCGGACGGAGCGGCGACCUCUCGCCCGAGGUCGGAGAGCAGGGUUCGGUCUGUGAGUGAUGACGGAGCCAGGGAGCAAGUUUCAGUUCGCUAUUGACCGAGGCGGGACCUUCACCGACAUCUUUGCCAGGUGUCCCGGGGGAAAGGUUCGGGUGAUGAAGCUGCUUUCUGAAGAUCUGUCCAAUUACAGGGAUGCCCCCACAGAGGGUAUCAGGAGGAUCCUGCAGGAGGAAUGUGGAAUACCCAUACCAAGGGAUCAGCCCGUGGACACCUCCCGGAUUGACUGGAUCCGGAUGGGGACCACUGUUGCCACUAACGCGCUGUUGGAGAGGAAGGGGGAGCGGAUUGCGCUCCUGAUCACCAAAGGGUUCAAGGACUUGCUGCACAUCGGUAACCAGUCCCGGCCAAAGAUAUUCGACCUGGAGAUCGUGAUGCCUGAGGUGCUGUACGAGGAGGUGAUUGAAGUUGAGGAGCGAGUAGUUUUGCAACAGACGGGCUGCCAGCUGACUAAGUGGGGCGGACUGGAGGUUGUCACUGGAUCCACAGGGGACCGUGUGGAGGUCUGGAGGAGCGUGGACUUGGUACAGCUGGAGAUCAAGCUGAAAGCCGUCCUGUCAAGAGGCAUCCGUAGCCUUGCUGUGGUGCUGUUGCAUUCCUACACGUGGUCCAAGCACGAGCAGCAAGUUGGGGAGCUGGCAAGAGAGCUGGGCUUCCUGCACGUCUCCCUGUCCUCGGAAGUGAUGCCCAUGAUCCGGGUGGUGCCCCGUGGCUACACAGCGUGUGCUGAUGCCUACCUCACCCCCUGCAUUAGGAAGUACAUCAGCGGCUUCUGUGGGGGCUUCCAGGACACUCUCAAGGACGUGCGGGUUCUCUUCAUGCAGUCGGACGGCGGGCUGACCCCCAUGGACAAGUUUAACGGGUCUCGGGCCAUCCUCUCUGGGCCAGCCGGAGGGGUUGUGGGCUACGCAGUCACCACGGACGGAGAGGGUGGAGCGGAGCCCGUCAUCGGCUUCGACAUGGGCGGCACAUCGACGGACGUGAGCCGAUACGCCGGCGAGUUUGAGCAUGUGUUCGAAGCCACGACCGCAGGGAUCACCAUCCAGGCGCCCCAGCUCGACAUCAACACGGUGGCAGCAGGUGGAGGCUCUGUCCUUUCCUUCAGGUCAGGACUGUUUGCCGUGGGUCCGGAGUCGGCUGGAGCUGACCCAGGGCCUGCAUGCUACAGGAAAGGGGGUCCACUCACUAUCACUGACGCUAACCUCUGCCUGGGACGUCUGUUGCCGGAUUAUUUUCCCAAAAUCUUUGGAGCCACAGAGGACCAGCCACUGUGGAAGGAAGGGGCCCUCAAGGAGUUCCAGAAGAUCACAGAGCAGGUCAACACCUUCCUGUCCAGCCAAUCACAGCGCAGCGAGGCGAAGGGCUCCAGCCAGUCACGAAUGACUAUGGAAGAAGUUGCCCUCGGGUUCAUCCAGGUGGCUAAUGAAUCAAUGUGCCGACCAAUCAGAGCUCUGACUCAGGCGAAAGGCCACGACACUUCCCGCCACAUCCUGGCGUGUUUCGGGGGUGCUGGAGGGCAGCACGCCUGUGCCAUCGCCCGGUCCCUGGGGAUGAAGACCGUCUUCAUUCACAAGUACAGCGGGAUCCUAUCAGCCUAUGGGAUGGCGCUGGCUGAUGUGGUGCACGAGGCCCAGGAGCCGUGCUCGGCGGUGUAUGAAGCAGCCUCGUAUCCCCUGCUGGAUCAGCGGAUAGCAGCACUGGAGGAGCAGUGUGUGAGCGCUCUCCUCGCCCAGGGAUUUCACAGGUCACAGAUCAGGACAGAGGCGUUCCUGCACAUGCGGUACAAGCUCACGGACUGCGCCCUCAUGUGCUCUGCCAGUGGCCACCCUGCCCGCCAGGAUACUGACUCCUGUCACCAUGGAGACUUCCGCACAGCAUUCAGCACCAGGUACAUGAAGGAGUUCGGGUUCGUGAUCCCGGAGCGGCCAAUCGUCGUGGACGACAUCCGUGUGCGAGGCUGCGGCAAAUCCGGCAUCAGGUCGGAGCAGAGGAUGAGGCCCAGUGACAGAGCAGCUCGUAUGGAAACCGAGGUAAAAUGUUACUUUGACAGUGGUUAUCUGGAUACUGCUGUGUACCUCCUGGAGGAGCUGUCGUGUGGUCACACCAUCUGUGGGCCUGCAAUCAUCAUUGAUAAAAACAGCACCAUUCUGAUCGAACCAGACUGUGUGGCUGUCAUUACACAGUACGGUGACAUCAAGAUCACUGUGGGUAGUGGUAAGGUGCAAGCUGUUGGGCCAGAACUGGACACAGUCCAGCUCUCAAUCUUCUCCCACCGCUUCAUGAGCAUUGCAGAGCAGAUGGGUCGAAUUCUGCAGCGAACCUCCAUCUCCACCAACAUCAAGGAGCGGCUGGACUUCUCCUGCGCAUUGUUCGGCCCGGAGGGCGGCCUGGUCUCUAACGCCCCCCACAUCCCUGUGCACCUCGGUGCUAUGCAGGAGACUGUGCAGUUCCAGAUUAGUCACUUGGGCAGCGAACUCAAAGAGAACGACGUGAUCCUCAGCAACCAUCCCAGCGCAGGUGGAAGCCAUCUCCCCGACCUCACGGUGAUCACGCCGGUUUUCCGAAAGGGUGUUUCCCGUCCAGUGUUCUUUGUAGCGAGCCGAGGACAUCACGCUGACAUCGGAGGCAUCACACCAGGGUCCAUGCCUCCUCACUCUAAGUCCUUGCAGGAGGAAGGGGCUGUCUUCAUUUCCUUCAAGUUGGUGAAGAAUGGCAUCUUCCAGGAGGAGGCUGUUACCCAGGCUCUCAUGGCUCCAGCACAGAUCCCAGGCAGCAGCGGCACACGCAAUCUCCAUGACAACCUGUCCGACCUGCGAGCACAGGUGGCAGCCAAUCAGAAAGGGAUCCAGCUGGUGAAUGAGCUGAUUGACACGUACGGGCUGGAGGUUGUCCAAGCAUACAUGGCCCACAUUCAGGAUAAUGCGGAAAUAGCAGUGAAGGAGAUGUUGAGGGAAUUUGCCCAGCGACAUCGGCAGGGGGACACAGAGCUGGAGGUGAGCGCGGAGGACUUCAUGGAUGAUGGGACUCCAAUUAAGUUGAAAGUGAAAAUCAACGAGGCAGAGGGAUCUGCCGUGUUUGAUUUUACAGGCUCAGGACCGGAGGUGUUUGGGAAUUGCAAUGCGCCUCGAGCUAUCACCCUCUCCGCCCUCAUCUACUGCCUCAGGUGCAUGGUGGGACAGGACAUACCCCUCAACCAGGGCUGUCUCACCCCAGUGAAGAUCGUCCUUCCGAAGGGCUCCAUCCUCGACCCAUCAGCGGAGGCUGCCGUGGUGGGUGGUAACGUGCUGACAUCACAGCGUGUGGUAGACGUCAUAUUCAAGGCAUUCGGGGUCUGCGCUGCCUCCCAGGGCUGUAUGAACAACAUCACCUUUGGCAACGAGCGGGCGGGCUACUACGAGACUGUGGCUGGAGGGUCUGGAGCAGGCCCGGGAUGGGAAGGGCGAGGAGGGGUGCACACCCACAUGACCAACACACGGAUCACGGAUCCCGAGAUCCUGGAGAAAAGAUAUCCCGUGAUCCUAAAGAGAUUUGAACUGAACCCUGGAUCAGGGGGUAAAGGACGUCACUGUGGAGGCGAUGGGGUAAUUCGGGAGCUGCUCUUCCGAGAGAGGGUGGUCCUCUCAGUGCUGACAGAACGCCGAGCUUUCCGUCCUUACGGACUAGACGGAGGGGAGCCGGGAGCUCGAGGACUCAAUCUGCUGGUCCGUGAGGAUGGGAGAACCAUAAACCUUGGCGCAAAAACAUCUGUUGCCAUCAGGCCUGGGGACACCUUUCAGUUGUACACACCAGGAGGUGGAGGUUGGGGCUUCCCAGAAGAUGUGACAGAGACGCCCAAGGUUCUAUCAAGAUCCACGCCACAGAACCACAAACCAAGUGCAGCUUAUGUUGAACGUGGAAGUGUGUUUGAAUAUAAACAGAUGCAAGAGUCCGUGUGACCAAGACCUCUGGACACUCCUCAACAACUCAUGGGAUCAGGAGUUUACAGCACAGAAGGAGGUCACAGUGGCAAAAGUUGACAUUUCCGAUUGACUUAACUUCUGUAACUUUGUAGGUCAAGUAUCAUCAGAUUCUAAUCCAGGUAUUUUUUAAACUAUCAUGAGGAUUUGUGCCUCAAAACACCUUUUUAGACAAUUUUAAAAAUAUUCCUCAGCACCCAUCAAAUUCUGCUUACAAUGUAAAUCAACAUCCACUAAUUACUUUCCUCUCUGCCAAGGGAAAUGGACAAUUCCUGCUCAUCCCCGUCUGGGCCAUGUAAUGACACCCUCCUCAGUUCAGUCUCCUCUCAAUCUUCUCUGUUCUGAAGAAAAGUUAAUAAAAUUCCAAGAAUUUUA